CCAUAAAGCCACCCGGCGGGGCGCGGCGGGGCGGGGCCAGGGGCGGGACCGGCCUGCAGGAAGUGCGCCUAGCGCACUGCCUGAUGGGGCCGGAAGUGGAGCGCACGCUGCGGUCCGGCAGUCAUGGCGGCGGCGCGGGGCCGCAAACGACGCCUGGCGGAGCUGACGGUGGACGAGUUCCUGGCCUCGGGCUUUGAUUCUGAAUCCGAAUCCGAGCCCGAAGGAGCCCCAGAAGCGGAGACGCGGGUGGCGCGCGGAGACGUGCGGAGCUUGGGUGGGCCAGGCGGGACCCCUUUUGCUAGCCAGCGUAAGGGCCGUGCGUCUGAGCACAAGGACCAGCUUUCUCGGCUGAAGGACAAAGACCCCGAGUUCUACAAGUUCUUGCAGGAAAAUGACCAGAGCCUGCUGAACUUUAGUGAUUCAGACAGCUCUGAGGAUGAAGAGGAGCGACUCCACUCUCUGCCAGACACACUGGAGCCUGGCCCUCUGCAUCUGGUGCAGGAAGCAAGUGAGGAGGAGGAAGAUGAGGAGGAGGACGACAGGGUCCCCAGAGGACCUAUGGGGAAGAGGAGGGAUUCUGUCCCUGUGACCCUUGCCAUGGUUGAGAGAUGGAAGCAGGCAGCAAAGCAGCACCUGACUCCAAAGCUGCUCCAUGAAGUUGUACAGGCGUUCCGAGCAGCUGUGGCCACCACCCAAGGAGACCAGGAAGGUGCUGAGGGCAGCAAAUUCCAGGUCACAGACAGCGCUGUGUUCAAUGCUCUGGUCACCUUCUGCAUCAGAGAUCUCUUUGGCUGUCUCCAGAAGCUGCUGUUUGGAAAAGCCCCAAAGGACAGCAGCAGGGUGCUGUCGCCGUCCAGCAGCCCACUGUGGGGGAAGCUCCGGCUGGACAUCAAAGCUUACCUGAGCUCUGUCGUACAGCUGGUGGCCUGUGUGGCAGAGGUGACAGUCGCAGCGGCUGUCCUCCAGCACAUCAGCAGUUCCGUGCUCUACUACCUGACCUUCCCCAAGCAGUGCCGCAUGCUGCUCAAGAGGAUGGUGGUCCUGUGGAGCACGGGUGAGGAGACGCUGCGAGUGCUGGCCUUCCUGGUCCUCAUCAAGGUCUGCCGGCACAAGAAAGACGCCUUCCUGAGCCCUGUCCUCAAGCAAAUGUACAUCAUGUACGUGAGGAACUGCAAGUUCACCUCCCCCAGUGCCCUGCCACUCAUCAGCUUCAUGCAGCGGACCUUGGCGGAGCUGCUGGCCCUGGACACUGGCAUCACCUACCAGCACGCCUUCCUCUACAUCCGCCAGCUUGCCGUCCACCUGCGCAACGCUAUGACCAUGCGCAGGAAGGAGACGUACCAGUCAGUAUACAACUGGCAGUUUGUGCACUGCCUCUACCUGUGGUGCCGCACGCUCAGCACCAUCUGCCCAAGUGAAGCUCUCCGGCCGUUGAUCUACCCCCUUUCCCAGGUUGUCAUUGGCUGCAUCAAGCUGGUCCCCACCGCCCGCUUCUACCCGCUGCGCAUGCACUGUGUGCGUGCCCUGACACUGCUCUCGGAGAGCACGGGCACCUUCAUCCCGGUGCUGCCCUUCAUCCUCGAGGUUUUCCAGCAGGUCGACUUCAACAGGAGGCCAGGGCGCAUGAGCUCCAGGCCCAUCAACUUUGCUGUGAUCCUGAAGCUGUCCAAGGUUAACUUGCAGGAGAAGGCGUACCGGGAUGGUCUGGUCGAGCAGCUGUAUGACCUCACCCUGGAGUACCUGCACAGUCAGGCCCACAGCAUCGCAUUCCCUGAGCUGGCGCUGCCUGCUGUCCUGCAGCUGAAAUCUUUCCUCCGAGAGUGCAAGGUGGCCAAUUACUGCCGUCAGGUGCGCCAGCUACUGGAGAAGGUGCAGGAGAAUGCAGAGCACAUCCGCAGCCUCCGCCAGAGGGUCCCGUUCGGCGUGUCCGACCAGCACGCGGUGGACGCCUGGGAGAAGCGGACCCGAGAGGAGGGGACCCCGCUCACCAAGUACUACAGCCAGUGGCGUAAGCUGAGGGAUCGAGAGAUCCAGCUGGAGAUCAGCGGCAAAGAGCGGCUAGAAGACCUGAACUUCCCAGAGGUAAAGCGGCGCAAGGUGGGGGACAGGAAGGAUGAGGACAGGGCAGAAUUCAAGGACCUCUUUGACCUGGACAGUGAUGAGGACGACGAUGCCCCGGACUUCCCAGAGAGAGGGACAUCUGGGUCCCCGAGAGCUUGGCAGAGGGAGGAGGAGGAGGAAGGCAGCAGCAGCAGCAGCAGCAACAGCAGCAGCAGGGAGGAAGGCAUCAAGUCAGAAGAUGGAAGCCCAGACACAGAGGCGGGGCUAGGCCCCCAGGAGCUGUGGUGGCUGGCCCAGGGACCAGAGGACGAGCUGCAGGAUCUACAGCUCUCCGAGGAUGACUGAGGGGUUGCAGGGGCUGCUGCACAGUCUUCACACCUCAUCACUUAGGCAUGCUGCCUCCUGGCUGGUGCGGAGCCUGGAGGCCCUGAGGUCAGCACCCGUGCGGGGCGAAAGGGCAGUAGAUGCUGGACAAGGCUUUAUUUUUACAACAUAAAACACCAGAAAGUACCAA